GGCUUGGGCACGCACGCGUAGUGAUCAAUAUGUCCACGUGACCUGUCAUGUCGAAUCCAGUCGUUCAGUGUUCAGUCAGUCAUCGCGUAAUAAAUUGAGAAAAUAAAAACGCAGAAUGUCUUAGAAAUCGUUUGUUUUACAAUGAAAUUGUAUUCUAGCGUAAUGUUAUAGUGUAUAGUGUAAAAUGCCUGCGUCAAUCGGUGUUAAUUUACGAGUGACGGGCCAUUGUAGCCAAGGCGGGAGAAAGUACAUGGAAGAUUUGUUUUCCGUUGCUUAUCAACAAACCGAGGAUGAAAGGGACUUGGAAUAUGCUUUCUUCGGUAUUUACGACGGCCACGGUGGAAGUGAAGCGGCUGCUUUUGCUAAGGAGCACCUCAUGGACAGUAUCGUGAAGCAGAGACAGUUUUGGUCUGAUAAUGACGAGGACGUCCUCAAAGCAAUCAGAAAUGGAUACAUGCUGACCCACUUGAACAUGUGGAAGGAGCUGGAAAAAUGGCCAAAAACAGUAACGGGCCUUCCAAGUACAGCGGGCACAACAGCCAGUGUGGCGUUCAUCCGACGAGGGAAAAUAUAUAUUGGUCAUGUUGGAGACUCCGCUAUUGUGCUAGGCUACCAAAAAGAUGAUGGAGAAGAAUGGGCAGCAAAACCACUAACUCUCGACCACAAACCAGAGUCCACAGUGGAAAUGGAGCGCAUACAGAGAUGUGGCGGGAAAGUGGUGUCUAAGGCAGGUGUGCCGCGCGUGGUAUGGAACCGACCCAGGGCUGGACACAAGGGACCAAUAAAGAAGAACACCCCCAUGGAUGAGAUCCCAUUCCUCGCCGUGGCUCGGUCACUCGGGGACCUGUGGAGCUAUAACACACAAAAUGAUGAGUUCAUUGUAAGCCCGGACCCCGACGUGGGGGUGCUCACUAUUGACCCAACUAAAUUUAGGUGUCUAAUAUUCGGCACGGACGGCCUGUGGAACAUGCUGUCGCCGGAGGGCGCGGUGAGCCUGGUGCAGGCCACGGAGCGGCACAACGAGGCGGCGCUGGUGGCGGGCGGCGCGCCCCCGCGGGACUGGCUCAACCCCUCCAAGAGCCUCGUCGACCACGCGCUCGAGAGAUGGUCCAACACUCGCAUGCGCGCGGACAACACGUCGGUGGUGACGCUGAUGCUGGACCCGCCCGGGCCGCCGCGCGCCGCCGUGCUGCGGGCCCGCGCGCCGCGCCCCGCCCCCGCCCCCGCGCCCGCGCCCGCCCCCGCCGCCGCCGCGCCGCAGGGCGGGCUCACCAUCAUGACGCGCUACUCCGACGACAAGCCGCCGCCCGACGCCGAGCGCGCGCCGCUGCCGCCCUGCGCCUCGCUCGACACGCGCUUCGCCCUCGACCCCGCCUCCGCGCCCCCGGCCGCCCCCGGCCCCGACGACACCAUCACCAACUACGGCAACCCCUCCGAGUCCUACUUCAUGGCGCGCCUGCUGAACCGCUGCGGCGUCGUCAACACGCUGCGCGACGUGCUGCACGAGCUGGUGCCGCCCGCCCCCGCGCCCCCGGCCACGGAGCUGCCCCCCGCCGCGCCCGCCUCGCCGCCCCCCGCGCCCGACCGCUCCCGGGAGAGCCUCGGCGAGGAGGGCGCCGCGGCCGAGGACGGCGGCAUCCAGAUCAACGAGGUGUCCUCCAGCUCGCCCACGGAGUGCCCGCGCCGCGCGCGCAAGAAGACCGACGCCAAGCCGGAGAGCGGGCGCGUGCUGCGCUCCCACGACGCGUCCCCGCCGCCGCGCCCCGCGCCCGCCCCCGCCGCGCGCCGCCCCGCGCCCGCGCUCGAGCGCGUCGUCAUCCUGUCCCGCGCGCGCGGCGCCCCCGCGCCCGGAGCCCCCGCACCCGGCCCCGAGGCGCCGCGGACCCGCGCGCGCGCCGCCUCGCAGCCGGCGGGAAACGCGCGGCGGCGGGGCGGGGCCGCGCCAGACUGCUCCAAGGAGAACGUGGCCUCGAGGCGACGCCGCGCGCCCCCCGCGCCGCCGCGCCCCCCCCGCGCCCGCGCUGAGCCCGAGGUGCACUCCACCACGGGCGAGUGCGCCCCCGCCGCCGCCGCCGCCGCCCCCGCGCGCGCGCUGCGCUCCCGCAACGAGGCGGCGCCGCCCUGUGCCGGCAAGCGCGCGCGCCCCGCCGACCCGCCCGCGCCGCACAAGCUGCCGCGCCUGGCGCCGCCGCGCGCGCCCGCCGCGCCCCGCGCACCCCCCGCCCGCGCCGCCGCCCCCUGGGGCCCCGCGCUCGCGCUCCGCAACCGGCUGCGCAAGCGCCUCACCAAGUCGCCCCCCUAGUUUAGUGAACCCCAUGGUUACCUGCGAGUGGAUGGAUAACGGUGCCUUCUAGUACUGCCAAAGUACUGUUUGACGUUACAUAUUUUUUUAUUUUGUCGUGAGACAUCCAAAGAUAGCCGCGUCGUCUAGUAAGUAAAUCUGUUGUUGUUUUUUUAUAUAAUUAAGACAAGACAUGCCCCUCGGGGGCUGGUGGCCGCGCCCGCUGGCGGCGCCCUCGUGAUCUGCACAUGUUCUAUUCUACAUUAUACAGAAUCCCCGUACAUGGUACUCGAGAUCUUUAGACGUAUUGCGUAUAUAUUUAUAUGUCUAUUUCUUUUACAACAAUAAAAUUACAUUGACAAAUUUUGCGAUGAUAUAAUGAAACCUUAGGUCAGAAACGACGAUAAAAAAUAGUACAAAGGGAGUUAUAUUAGAUACAUUUAUGUAAUUUGUAAGUUUAAUAAUGUGGACCACAGAAUAAAUAUAUUUAUAUACAAUGAUAACUGUAAACUGAAUGCAUUUAAUUUUUAAGCUUGAGUGUGGUUCAUAAUUCACUAAUAUGUAUAUUUAUAUCAUGUUAGAGGCUAUAUGUACCGACGCCAUUACCUUGUACAUAAUGAUGUGUAUUAGACAUCACUCGCCCUAAUAAUUCUAAAUUAUUUAAGCAAUACAUAAAUCCGAAAGAAUUGAGUACUCCAAUAUUGCCUUAAAUCUUCUAUUGAAAGUUGUAAGAUAGCGAUGCCUAGAGCAGCGUAACGCUUAUAUUGUAAUGAAAUUAAUGUCGAUGUUUAUGUUAUAACAAUAUGUAGUUAGUGGUGACAGAUUCGUUACAAGAUAGUCAGGCACCCCUCAAACCAACUCGGUAAAAAUAUUUUUAAUAUAGGUACAGGGUGCAGCAAAAUUGGUAUACAAAGCCGAAAGCGGGUGACUUAGGGGGUCAUUCUGAACAACUUUUGUUCUACAACUUUUGGCACCCCCUUUCGGCUUAGUAUGCCACUCUUGCAACACCUGUAAAACCCCACAUAUCUUUCAUGUUAGUACAUAGACCAAGAGAAAUAGCAAUACAUAGCUUAAUAAUAUGAUAAAAUAUGGUUGAAGGGUGCCUAAUUGCCGAUGCCUUAUAUACCUGGGUGAGCCAAAAAAUAUAUUGAAGAGUGCUUCUAUAGACAUUAUAUAAAUCAGAGUGUAUAUUUUAUAUCAAGUUAUAAAUUACAUACUUAUAAAAGGAAUAAAUUAUCAUGUAAGCUGAGUAAAACGUCUCUGUUUUACCGUAACAACUAUUUAUUUCAUUAGUAAAUAUCUUUAUUCUUUUGCGAAUAGAAUAUUAAUUUUGGUCUGCAAUAACCUAUCAGAUGCUUGACAUGUCUCAUGAAGUAUUUUGUACAUAUUCUUCACUUUCUACUGUAUUUGAUUAUUUUGUAAAUUUCUUCCACUAUUUUUCUACUAAAUUAUGCACUAACGUGGCACUAAAGCCCUAAAAUGUACCUAUUUAAAUUUAUUAUUACAAGUUACUUGACAGUGUGGUAAAUAAAUAAAUUGUUUACGUUUAUCUUCGGCUUGGUAGAUGUAACUUUUAGCAACUUUGACCUUUGUUUAUGCCUGUAAAUGUUAUAAACUUAUAUUGUGAUUGCAAACCAUUGAUUAAAGAAGCAUAUAGUGAAAGUUACUUUAGCUCUAAAGUUGUAAGCGGAUAGUUCACGAAGAACUCUUCUAAAUAAAGCCCUAGGCUAUUUAUUAUAUUCUUGGUUUUUAGCUUCUGAUGAAAAGGUUCGUUAAAAUAUCCACAUCAUUUGAUUGGCGCUAGUGAUGUUUCAGUUCUAUCGCCUGACAUUUCCUAGGAUCAUAAUCAUGAUUUGAUCGACAUUUAAUAUUAACUAUUGUCGGACUGAUGAAUGUAUAAUGAACACCGAGAGUUAUCCUGUAGAAUUAGUAACGCGUUUAAUAAUAAAUAAUAUGUGCCUCACUCGUUACCGAUUCGAAAAUACAUGAAUAAAUGUAUUUUGAUGAAACAAAUUUUACGCAUUGUAAUUUAGUUGUAAAAGAUUUUUAAUAUAAUUUGUUACUAAGUUUAUCUUGUAAAGUUUAGCAUGUAAAGAGAGUUCAAUAUCAAAGUGUGAAGUGUCACUUUAUAUCAACUUGAUAGAUUGUUUUGUUGUGGACAUGACGCAGUUUGAGUGAAUGAUCUACACGUGGGACGCCCCUGAGCCUUAGAUGUUAAGUUUCAAAGAAUGUUCAUUAAACGUUUAUUUGUUAAAGGUAAUAACUGCCUUGAAAAUUUGCUAUAUACAAACUGUGCUAUAAUAAUGAAUAGUGUAAAUUGAAAAGUAAAAGCAAAGUUAUUAUUAUACAUACUACAUAGAAAAUUAUAAGAAAAGGAUUAUUGUAGAUUUUAUUUUUUGAUUUGAAUAAAGUUUGUAUGAAAUAUAA